UAAUCUUUGCUUGCUAUCGUCGAAUAUGUGAUUAAUAGAUAAUUUUAUUUAAUUGUUUUUUAUACCUAAUUUUAAUUAAAAAUUUUAUAGUCUAUAUUUAUAAGUAUGAAUUUUAAUAACAAGUUCUAUUUUUUAUCAACAAUGGGCGCUAAUAAAAGUCUUAUAAAUAUACCUGCAUUAAUUUUUAUAUUAUUACAAUUGUUUACUUACGUUAGGCCUGAAAAUGAGCCGUUCGUGUCAGAACCUGGAGAUAUGGGGUCAUCAGAGACUAAAAAUGAAGCAGAUGCUCUAACCGAUGUCGGUUUUAUUCAUGCGUUUGUUGCUGCCUUGUCUGUGAUUGUUGUUUCUGAACUUGGUGAUAAAACAUUUUUUAUUGCUGCAAUAAUGGCUAUGCGACAUCCUAGAUUUACUGUUUUUGCUGGAGCAAUAGCCGCAUUAGCGUUAAUGACUGCAUUAUCUGCUGUCUUCGGAAUGGCUGCAACAGUAGUUCCUCGGGCUUAUACGUACUAUAUAAGCACAGCUUUAUUUGCACUAUUUGGUAUAAAAAUGUUGAGGGAAGGUUGGAAAAUGCCAUCAUCUACUGCACAGGAAGAAUUAGAAGAAGUGCAAGCUGAUCUCAGGAAAAGAGAGGAUGAGUAUGAAAAAGAAUCAUCAUCAAGUCUUGUAGAUCCAGAAAGUGGUGGAAUUAAAAAGAAAAGUGUUAUUGGAUUGAUUUCUAGAACCUUGAUCCAAGCAUUCACCAUGACAUUUUUGGCCGAGUGGGGCGAUAGAUCUCAGCUGACAACCAUUAUUUUAGGUGCACGUGAGGAUGUUACUGGAGUUAUAAUAGGCGGUAUAUUGGGACAUUCUUUAUGCACAGGACUGGCUGUUUUAGGGGGACGCAUGAUUGCACAAAGGAUCUCAGUUAGGACAGUUACUAUAAUUGGAGGAGUAGUGUUUUUACUCUUUGCACUAUCGGCGUUAUUCUUUGAUCCAAACAAAGACUGAAGUUAAAUUAAUGCAGCAGCCCCAUUAUUUUAUACAUAUAUGAAUAUAACAAGACAAAAUAUACACAUAGUAUUAGGGCUGGCAUUAGAAACAAAAUUUUAGAAUAAUUGUUGAUUUUAGAAUAAUAUAUUUCCAUAAAAAAAUGUAUAGGAAAUAAUUUGUAUCAUACAAACAUGUAAUUUGUUCACAAGGAGUAUUUAGUGCUUAAUGGUACUAAAGCGUUAAAUCUAUAUAAAAAGCAGGUAAUUGUUUUUGAACACUACCAUCUGUUAUGCAAAUUGUUCUGUAAGUCCUACAAUUUAUUUUUAAUUUUGUUAAUACUUUGUAAUUGUCACGUUUUGUAAAUCAUUAACUGACCAAAGAGAAAAAUAUUAUAAAAAAUAAUGCCUGGUGAUAGGAGUUAACAGAUUUGUUUCUGGUUAAAAGUAAUAUUUACAUAAGAGCUGUGACAAUUUAGGUAAUUCAUAAUUGCAUUGUUUUUAUGUAGUUAUGAAGUGAGAUUUUUUGUAAUAAUAGAACACUGCCUUAGAUUCCUUUAUAAUUGAUUGAUGUCUGAAUUCACUUUCUUAAAUAUUUAACGUCAUAAAUAAAUUUUCCAAUUAGUUUCAAAUGAACAAGAGAGAUGAGUAUUUU